AUGUUCAUCUCUAGCGUCUUGGUGCAUAGUCUCCUCCUCUCAGGGGCUGGGUAUUUUGCUUGGGCAAACCCAAUCACUCGUGAAAAUGGUGGACAGGUCGGCACUUCAAUAGGCCACGAUGUGAACACUUCCGAAUUCCCAGACACUGUCCCUGAGGCUGCGAUUCAGGUUGCCACAAAGAACGCCGUUGCCAAGCCAUCUGCAGCCAGCCUAACCAGUGAUGAGACAGAGGCGCUGCGCUUGCACAACGCAGCCCGAGCAGGGAAGGGGUUACCACCGUUGAAAUGGGAUGCCAAACUGGCCGCGAGCGCCUCUGCUUGGGCCCAGUCGCUCAAGAACUCAAAUUCUUUCCAGCACUCUUCAGCUGCCUCGCGACCUAACCAAGGCGAAAAUCUAGCACAGAACUCGAGCCCAAAAACUCCGAUCAACAACCCUCUUACUCUUGGUACUCAGCAAUGGUUGAGUGAGGCGAAGUAUUACUCCGGCCAGGCUAUUUCUGGGACCGACUUCUCCAGAUACGGCCAUUACACUCAAAUCAUGUGGAAGACUACUACCAGUGUAGGAAUCGCGAGCGCAACCAACGGGAAGGGCACAUACUGGACUGUUGCUAGAUACUCACCUCCUGGAAACAUUGUGGGCCAAAAGCCAUACUAA